AGAGACCCACACACAGAGACCUUCUCCUGGGCUCCCAGCACCAUGACCUCCCUGAAGAUGCUGCUCCUGGCCGCGCUCCUCCUGGGGGCUUCCCUGCAGGACACCCAUGCAGCUCGAGGAGCCAAUGUGGGCCGGGAGUGCUGCCUGGGGUACUUCAAAGGGGCCAUUCCUUUCAGGAAGCUGGUGAGGUGGUACCGGACCCCAGCGGACUGUCCCAGGGAUGGCGUCGUGCUGGUGACUCUCCACGGCAGAUCCAUCUGUUCAGACCCCAAGGACGUGCGGGUGAAGAAGGCAGUCAAGCGCUUGCAAAACACCAUGAAGCCACCCCCAGGCCGGCUCCCAGGGCCGAGCUGCUCCACCUCGUCCCGAGCCUCACCCCAGCGCCCUCUCAUCCCCGCUGGCCCCAGCCCUCGCCUCCCGCCCCAGCCCGGCCCCGUGGUUCCUGCCGACCUGAAGUGGACUCUGGGGCAGCCCGAGGGGGCUGUUCUCCCGUCGACUCCUGUGUGGGUCUGUAGUCCUGACUCCUCCGUUAGGCUGAGAGCUCAGACAGAUGUCAGAGCCAAGCCCACUUUCGAAGUGGGACAAGAAGAAAACAGCAGCAGUACGACUACUACUAAUAAUAAGGCUGAUGAUGGUGAUGAACUGUGA